AUGUUGAAGUCAGAUAAGAAGAAACGAAGAAAGAAGAGGAGAAAGAAGCAUGGCAAGAAUAAGCAGCGUUCUAUCAAGACAAUUGCGCCGGUGGCAGAUAUGGAAUCGCCAACUAUUGUUCCAUUGCCCUUGGAUGUACCGCGGAAAGAGUCAAAAGAACAAGUAGAGAAAGAGAAAAAGCCUGAAGAUGAAAAGCCUAGUGAACUAGAAGAUAAAGGGCUUGAUGAUCUCGAACCACCAUUAGCUGACUUGAUCAGAUGUCGUGAUUAUACUCCCGAUAUUCUUAAUUCGGCCAAUGUCAAACAUCUUUUCGAUUUACUAGAAUAUUAA